GACGCGUUAAUGGACGCUCUGCUAUCUCUAGGAGCUACUACAUGCUCAAUAGAGGAUGCCAAUACAGGCACAGAAGCCGAGCAGGAGAUAUACUCAUCCGGGCCCAUUCCCUGGGAUCCCAGUGGCCCCCGCAACCUCUGGAAUCAGACUCGGCUACGGGCGUUCUUCCCAGCCAAUCAGAGCGAGGAGAACAUCCGUAGCACUGUUCACCGGGCGGCAGACUCAGUGCAGUGGGCCAUGGGGGGGUGGGGGGAGGAGGAAGAGGGAGAGGAGGAAGGUGGAGGAGGGGAGGAUGGGGAGGAGAGGGAGGAGGGCGUGGGAGUAGUUUUGCUGGGGUUAGAGGAGGUAGUGGAGCGAGACUGGGUGCAGCAAGUACAGGACUCCUUCCAUCCCAUCCACGUGGACCAAGGCCUUUGGAUCGUCCCUUCUUGGGCCACACUGCCGGAUGAGGUCUCUCAAGACCAGUCCCAAGACCACCCCUUUCUAGCCAUAACUCUCGAGCCCGGUCUCGCAUUCGGCACCGGCGACCACCCCACCACCCGCCUCUGCCUGCGCUGGCUGCGCGCGGUCGUGACACCUGGCAGCACGCUAUUGGACUACGGCACGGGCUCCGGCGUGCUUGCGAUCGCAGGGAUCAAGAUGGGAGCAGCAGCAGCGGUGGGGGUGGAUAUUGAUGAACUGUCAGUGGCAGCAGCAGCCCACAAUGCAUCCCUCAACAGCAUCUCCUCUUCGCAAUUCACCGUCCUUCUUACGCACCCGGACGGCCCAGACCCUCUUAACGAGUUUGACAAUAAUGAAGCAGGAGGGGCCGGUGCUACAGAAUCCAGGGUUGGUGUAACGCUGCCGUCCCUGCCUGCUGAGCUGGUGGUGUCUGACUCGUCGGAGCCACGUGUGCUGUUUGACGUUGUCGCCGCCAACAUUCUCGUGAACCCUCUUCUCCUAUUGGCUGAACGGAUCUCCUCCAGAACCAAGCCUGGUGGGAGGCUUGGGCUGUCAGGGAUUUUGACCAAUCAGGUGGAGCAAGUAGUUGCAGCAUAUGCUCCUUAUGCAAAAGUCAUCUCUAUUGAGGAGGAGGAUGGAUGGGCUCUUGUUCACCUGCAAAGAAAACAAUGA